CAGGAACCCGGCUGUUAGCCAGCUGAGCUAGCCCUACCGGUUUCCCUUUGGGCUGUCGAAUAACAAACUGUCAAGUUUACAUCAGGUCGAUUAAAGACCGCGGAGCUUGCAUGAAAGUUUUGUUCCCGAAGCACAGUUUUGUCAUCUCUUCACGCAGCCGAUGCAAGUAAAAAUGACAGGAAGAUUGUGGGUUUUAUGACUAAGCUCUGUGUUAGCAUGGAGAAGCCGUGGAGGCUGUGGGGCACAGUGGAGCGCUGUGCCCUGGCCUUUGUCUCCUGGUCCUGGGGCGCCUGUCGGGUCUCCCUGCUGGCCCUCAUCCUCACUUUCCACCUCUACGGAGGUUUCAUCCUCCUGGCUCUCAUUCUGGCUUCCGUGGCGGGCAUCCUCUACAAAUUCCAAGACGUGCUCCUCUACUUCCCCGACCAGCCGUCGUCGUCGCGCCUCUACGUUCCCAUGCCGACGGGAAUUCCUCAUGAGAACGUGUACAUUCGCACCAAGGACGGUGUGAAGCUCAACUUGAUUCUACUUCGCUACACGGGAGGGGACGGGCCUCCUGGGGUCACCCCGGGAAAUCAAAGCAGCAGCCCCGCCUCCUCGGCGCCUCCCACUAUUCUUUACUUCCAUGGCAACGCGGGCAAUAUCGGUCACAGAGUGCCCAAUGCCUUGCUGAUGCUUGUCAACCUGAAAGUCAACGUGGUGCUGGUGGACUACCGCGGCUACGGUAAGAGUGACGGGGAGCCCAGUGAGGAAGGCCUCUACUUGGACGCCGAGGCUACUCUAGACUACGUGAUGACUCGCCCAGAUUUGGACAAGACCAAAGUGAUACUGUUCGGCCGCUCGCUCGGGGGCGCCGUGGCUAUCCGCUUGGCGUCGGCCAACCCUCACCGCGUGGCCGCCAUUAUCGUAGAGAACACCUUCCUCAGCAUCCCGCACAUGGCGGCGACGCUCUUCUCCUUCUUGCCCAUGCGCUUGCUGCCCGUGUGGUGCUACAGGAACCAGUUCCUGUCCUACCGGCAGGUGGCCCUGUGCCGGAUGCCCUCCCUGUUCGUCUCGGGCCUGUCGGACCAGCUCAUCCCGCCCGUCAUGAUGAAGCAACUGUACGAGCUGUCGCCCUCGCGGACUAAACGCCUGGCCAUCUUCCCAGAGGGCACACACAACGACACGUGGCAGUCUCAUGACUACUUCGCUUCCUUGGAGCAGUUCAUCAAAGACCUGCUCAAGAGCCACGCCCAUGAGGAGAGCGUGCAGACCUCUGCCAGUGUCACCAUCAUCUGAUUUGAUUUGACCCUCCAUCAAUGAGAGCAUAACAUGUUCAGGGAGUGGCCAUUGCUCUCUUUUCUUACUUUCAGCCUGAGAUGAAUGCAUGCAUUUGAAACGAUGAGGUCAGAUUAUCAUGAAAGAUUACAAAAAUGUAUUACAGCUACUGAGGGGAAGUGUGUUUACCAUAAAAGGACUGAUACGGAUUAGUGCUGCUGUUACAUGGUAGCUCUUUGGAGUAGAGGAGCACUUUGACAAUCCCCACAGGGCUUCUCAGUCUGACUUGUAACACAUUCAUGUAAAAAAUACACACGUUUUAUUUGAUCACGAG